CUCGGCUGUAGCGGCUGUUCAAACUUCCAGGUGUGUGUGUGUGUGUUCGGUUGACUGCUGGAUGGACAUGUCUCACACGGUCAAACCCGUGACCUCUUUCCUCAUUGAAGACAUCCUCUCCGUUAAGGACGGCAGGGGAUUUACCAGCAAAUGCUGCACACAGAGGACAGAGAAGUGCUCAGUGUGGAGAGAGGAAGCUGAGAAGUCGCCGGUGCAGCUUUUUCCUCAGGAGACGGCAGAAAGAGAACGAACAGAAUCUCCAGGCGGGCCGUGUCCCAGCUCCUCGGACUCAGGUUUUUCCUCUCCGGGGAAACAGAAGCGCUCCAGAGCUGCAUUUACACACCUGCAAGUGCUGGAACUGGAGAAGAAAUUUAAUCACCAGAAAUACCUGUCGGCCCCAGAGAGGGCUCACCUGGCCAGCACCUUAAGACUGACAGAGACCCAGGUCAAAAUCUGGUUCCAGAACCGGAGGUACAAAACCAAACGGAAGCAGCAGACGUCAGAGAUCUGCAAGGACGUGUACAAAUCAGAGGGACUGGGCCUGAGGGAGGACUUGGUCAGAUCCUCAUUAUUAUCGUCUUUCUGUAAGGCCUACCAGUACCGGCCGUACCUGUGGGACUACGGUGGCCCCUGGGGCCCAGUGUUGUGGUGAAACUGACAAUUACAGCAUCUCUGGAAAAUGUGCUCUGUUUCACAAUCAAAGUUGAUUCAUUGUUUCAUUUCACAGACAUUUUGGUACCAAUGUAUGCUCGUGUGUUUGUACAUUGUUGCAUUUUAAAUAGAUUUUUCUUUCAAAAUGUUGUUGUCAGUAUGUGACACAGAGUUUGCACAGCAAUUCAGUGUAUCAUCAAAUUGAAUUGUGGCAUUGUUGAGUAAUUAAAUAUUAAAUUAAUGUUGAUAGUC